AUGUGCAAAUGCACACUGCUGGAGCGCCCUUCAGCAACGAGGAGGCCCAACGCGACACGGCCGCCGCCUGCGUCGGUUCUCCCCAGCACGACACGGCCGCCGCGGGCAUCGGUUCUCCCCAGCACAACCACUCUGAAGACGCCCAGCUUGGCCCAUACAAUUUGGAUUCUUUUGGAGACUGGAAACAACUUUAAAGCUACUUGUCACAAAGUGUCAUUGAACGCCUUGAGCCAAUUGGUGGCAAUUGCAUUGGAGACAUCAUGGAUGGAUAGAGCUCCCCAAAUGGAUAUGGGGAGACGAUUGAUGGAAACACUUAGAGAAGACAAAUUUGCCAAGAAAGCGCCUGCACACACUGAGAGGAGAGGAUGCUAUUACACAACUAUCCCGCUUCGCUUUGGAAUAUACAAUAAGGUCAAUGGGCAAUGGCUAGCAAUCAGGAUUAUUAGCUGUCCAAUCACCCAGAAACUUUGA